GUCUGUGUCUCCGGGACCAUCGGUCCAUCCUGCCCCCGUCUUGAUCGCGUUGUGAGGAGACCGAUGACUGAUCCCCCGCCGCUGUGGAUUGUUUCAGCUCACCUUUGCGGUUCACCUUGGAAAUAGAUCAAGAGAUUGAUGGAUAGGCCGCAUGAAGUCAACACGGACCCUUGUGGUCCUAAAGUGCAACCCGGACCCUGUGUAUUAGUCAAAGCCAGCCCGGGAAUACCUCCACAGCUGGCAGUUCGUGAUCCGCCUCUCACUAUCAGCCCACCGGAAGCGUCCAAGAAGCGGUGUGGGUCGAGUCCCGUACAGGCGGGCGAAGCGCAGUCGGGACAGGCCGACCCCGGGUGCACUUCAGCCCUGCCAGCGAGCAUAAGUCGGCCCAGACCGACCGCUCUCAGAACUAAGCCUGCUCCCAAGCUGACCAGGAUCUCAGUGGACCCCUCCAAGGAAAUCGACCUGAUCCCCGUUUGCAUCCCAGGACCUCAGAGUGCCAACAUCCUGCCACACUCUCCAACAGAUUCCUCCUUCCCCCUGCACAGCCCCCAGAGCCCCCACAGUCCCCAGCCUCUGCUGAGCCCCACUCCCAGCCUGUCUCUGCCCCAGUCCAGCGGCAACCCGCCGUCCAGCCUCAGCCCCACGUCCAGCCUCAGCCCUCAGCCGCAGAAGAUCCGCUCGCCCGCCGGCUCCACUCAGAGCCAGGCUCAGCCCGAGAAGCCAGGGGAGAACAACGACUUCAGGGUGUACAUCGUCACGUGGAACGUGGGCUCAGCCGUCCCGCCAGAUGACAUCACUGCUCUGUUUGGACCAAAUGUUUCAGAUGGGAACAUCGACAUGUUUAUCAUCGGGCUCCAGGAAGUCAACUCCAUGAUAAACAAGAGGCUGAAAGACGCUCUGUUUUCAGACCAGUGGAGUGAGCGCUGCAUGGACACUCUCAGUCCUUUUGGAUAUGUUCUGGUGGCAUCCCAGAGGAUGCAGGGCGUGCAGCUGCUGGUUUUCUCGAAGUUCUGUCACCUGCCGUUCCUCAGAGGGGUGCAGACGGAGAGCACACGCACAGGACUUGGAGGAUACUGGGGAAAUAAAGGUGGCGUCAGCGCGAGGAUGACCGUGUUCGGCCACCCGGUGUGCUUCCUCAACUGUCACCUGCCUGCUCACAUGCAGAACCUGGAGCAGCGGAUGGAGGAUUUUGAAAGCAUCCUUCAGCAGCAGCAGUUUGAAGGAGGGGCCGCUACAGGAGUGCUGGACCAUGAUGUCGUCUUUUGGUUUGGAGAUUUAAAUUUCCGUAUCGAAGAUUAUGACAUCCACGUGGUGAAGUGUGCCAUCGACAGCAAUAAGCUGCCGCUUCUGUGGGAACGGGAUCAGCUCAACAUGGCUAAAAAUACAGAAUCCAUCCUGGAUGGCUUUAUGGAGGGGCCUCUCAAAUUCCCACCAACCUAUAAGUUUGAUGUGGGCACUCAUACGUAUGACACCAGUUCGAAGAAGCGGAAGCCCGCCUGGACGGACCGCAUCCUCUGGCGCCUCCGUCGCACUGGCUCCCCGGUUCCUACCCACAAUGCCGCGCUGCAGCGGGGCCUCACCUCAUGGUUGGGUGGGGCGACUAAAGUGACACAGCACGCGUAUCGGAGUCACAUGGGCUUCACCAUCAGUGACCACAAGCCUGUCUCUGCCCUCUUUUCACUGCAUUUUCCGUUCCGGGUGAGUACCCCUCUGGUGGAGCUGCAGUUCAGCCAGGAGUGGUGCAAAGUCUCGGACGCCACCGUCCGAUUCACCGUCGCGUCGAACUAUCAGCGUAGCUCCUGGGACUGGGUGGCAAUAUACAAGGUUGGAUUCAAACAUCACAAAGACUACCAGGCGUACGUCUGGGCCAAAGGAGAGCAUGCAACGCAGGUGACGUUCUCAGAGGAGGAUUUGCCAAGGGAUGACUGUGAAUACAUCCUGGGUUACUACAGCAACAACAUGAACAGUAUUGUUGGAUUGUCGUCACCAAUUCAGAUCAAAAUGCCGGAGCACAGCCCCACGGCGUGCCGCUCCGACAGCUCGGACGUCAGCUCUGAGGACGACAGCACCCUGGUCCUGCUGGCCCCCAGCUCCCGCAGCCCGAGCCCCAAGACGGGCAAGCACCACCACCGCCACCGGCGCAGCCGCAGCCCCGCCGUGCCCGCCAUGGCCUCCAACCCCCUGCCCUCCCUGCAGGGCCUCCACCUCUGCCCCCGCCCCAAAGAGAGCCAGACGCGGAGCCGCUCGCCGUGCUCGGCCGCCAAGAAGGAACGGCUGGUCUCCCCCGACGCGGUGCCCUCCCCCACCGUCAGCCCCCUGAGCCCCCGCAGCCCCGUGUCGCCGGGCGGCGGAGUGAGCGCCCCCGAGGCCCUGAUCGCUGCCAUCUUGGGCGAACACAGACCAGCUCAGGUCAGCCCCACGGGGGUCAAGCAGAUCGGGAAAGGAGGGGAGACGGACAGAACAAAGAACGGAAACGUCAAGAGUUAGAGCGCGAUCAGAGGCAAUAUCCGUGCGAGCAGGGUGUGAAGCAGCACAUUUAAAGACUCCUCCUGUAGUUUUGCAAACAUUCCACAUUGUAGCUCUGCAGUCUCCUGUUUCUGAGUCGACCACCAUCUCGUAUGUAUAUCUUGGAGUCACACUCGUCCCGACUCUCGAUUACAAGUGCUUUUAUAGACUCAUAAGCGAUAUCAUACGCAAACAAACAUAUUGAAUGUGAAACCAAAGUCGAAGUUCUGUCCCGUGAUGGAUGUUAUUGACAGCAAUACAGAUCUAUUUAGACAGUCUGGUAUCAGAAGUAAGGACCCUGGAAACACCAUAACUGAUGGUUUCAUAGUUCACGUCAGGGAGAGUGUGUGUCUGUGUGAGUUUGUGUGAAAACAUAAAUAAAGUGUGUCACCA